ACUUCUUUCUUCGCUUCUUUCGUUUUUUUGUAAACUUAAGUCUUGGCUAAGUACAAUGUGUUGUCAAUUAGGUACUCCGGAGAGGGCGAAUUAGGCGUGUGUCUGGGUGUGUAUAUCUAUGUGAGCGUGUGUGUGUGCGCGCGCUAGUGCGCCUGCCUGACGUCACCAACACCAGUGGAUGCCGCUGCUACCUCCAGGCGUUCCACACCGCCCCAGUGGAGAGGAGGCAUCGACAAUAUGCUUACUCCGGACGUCCCGAGUGCCCUGCAUCCCGCGAUCUGUCCUUUAUGGAAGUAAGAUGAUCACAGCAAACGCAGCUUCUCUCCGCUGGAAAAAUCCUACGCGCCCCUCACAGUGACACAUCUCAACUUCUCGUGGAGUUCUGGCUGUUUUAUCACUUUUCCAUUUCUUUUUUUGGGAAUAACGGUUUGUGGAAAUACGAUUUCAAGGCGAAAAGAGUAAUGGAGCAAACAGACACCAUGGACGAAGGACAGUGCUACUACAACGAGACCAUCGCCUUCUUUUACAACCGCAGUGGGAAGUUUCUGGCCACCGAGUGGAACACAGUCAGCAAGCUGGUGAUGGGACUGGGCAUCACGGUGGGCAUCUUCAUCAUGCUGGCCAACUUGCUGGUCAUGGUGGCCAUCUACGUGAACCGCCGUUUCCACUUCCCCAUCUACUAUCUCAUGGCCAACCUGGCGGCGGCCGACUUCUUCGCCGGUUUGGCCUACUUUUACCUCAUGUUCAACACGGGACCCAACACACGGCGGCUGACCGUGAGCACCUGGCUGCUCCGCCAGGGACUCAUCGACACCAGCUUGACGGCCUCGGUGGCCAACCUCUUGGCCAUCGCCAUCGAACGGCACAUCACUGUCUUCCGCAUGCAGCUGCACACGCGCAUGAGCAACCGCCGGGUGGUGGUGGUCAUCGUCAUCAUCUGGACCAUGUCUAUUGUCAUGGGCGCCAUCCCCAGCGUGGGCUGGAACUGCAUCUGCGACAUCAGUACCUGCUCCAACAUGGCACCGCUCUACAGCAAUUCCUACCUGGUCUUCUGGGCCAUCUUCAACCUGGUCACCUUUGUUGUUAUGGUGGUCCUCUACGCCCACAUAUUCGUUUACGUCCGCCAGAGGACCAUGAGGAUGUCCCGGCACAGCUCAGGUCCCCGGCGAAACCGAGACACCAUGAUGAGCCUGUUGAAGACCGUCGUCAUCGUCCUAGGCGCAUUCAUUAUAUGUUGGACCCCCGGUUUGGUUCUGCUCCUCCUGGACGUCUUCUGCAGCGAGUGCAACGUCCUGAGCUUCGAGAAGUUCUUCCUGCUACUGGCAGAGUUCAACUCGGCCAUGAACCCCAUCAUCUACUCCUACCGGGACAAGGAGAUGAGCGCCACCUUCAGACAGAUCCUCUGCUGCCAGCGGCAGGAGAACGUCAACGGCACGGCGGAGGGCUCCGACCGCUCUGCCUCCUCCAUGAACCACACGGUGCUGAGUGGACCGCACAACAACGAGCACUCGGUGGUGUGAGCGCCCGGAGGGCGUGCGGGCGGCUGCACGGGCCCAGGAGGAGAGGGGAGCUGGUGAGGGUGUCAUUGCCGGGGUGGUAUGAAGGAGACGUGUCCCGCUCUUUCGGAGAGCGAAAAUGGAGCCAGCUGGGACGGCACCAGUGAGCUGUUAGCUGCGUGUUUCUCGCCUGCACUGUUUGUUCCGCUUUUGUCUGUUUUUAACAGUGCCGUGGCAUUUCCCACCGAAGGACUAACGUACAAUAUGAAGGAAACCUUGGGAAAACUGGCCGCCAUUUUGCCGUCCGCCGCGGUCACCCAGAUGCAGGGCUGCCUUCCUGCUGUCACGUAGCCCCCCCUGUGUGGGACGCACGAGGUCCAUGGCCAGCCCGCCCCCAGGGCCGGCGUUAUACACGGCAGACUACGCGGGACUCCCAUCUCUCACUGAAAUCGCACUGCGUUUUUUUGCCGGGUAACAGGACCAAGUGUAGAAACUUAUGUAACAUAUCGUUUUACUCGCCUUAAAGCUUUGUUAAUGAAAUAGUGUUGAUAAAUAUUCAUCCCACUAAGAACAGAGAUCCUGUGAGCGAGCGGCGUUUGGGUCCCUCCCAUCAGCAUGUAUGGGUGGAUCUCUCUUAAAAGAAAGCCGAUAGCUCCUUUCUUACAUACACCUCCAUAACUGACAUUAAAGUAUGUGUAUUUUUUUUUCAACUUCACUAAAAAUGUAAUGAUGUAAUUUGAGGUUGCGCUUGAGACCAAAAAAUAUCAAUCUGUGUUGUACUUCCUAUAUCCACUUAUGUAUGUAUGUAUGUAUAUAAAAUAUAUAUCUUCAAAGUUGUCACUUAAUCAUAAAAGGAAAUCUUUAACGUUUGCUUUUAAAAGGAACGUCCCCCUUCGCCACAGCAGCAAAGCAAUCCUUUUUGGGUGACAGCAUGCAAACCGCUGUUAUUGACCUCAGCUGACCACUUUAAGCAGAUGUAUGAUUUGCACAACACCAUGUGGGAAAUUGCUAAAAAUGUUGCGUAAGCCCUUCUGUUUUUUUAAAGGUGCAUUUCAGCAAACGGAAGAGUCACAGCCUUGGUCACCUGGGUCAGGGUGUCUACUCCACCACAAAUAUUUUUUUCUCCAUACUCUCAAAAUAAAUUCAGCACAGAUAAUAAGGUGGCCUGCUGUCUGGGGUCUUUAGUGAAGACAUUUUAAUAAAGUCCUCUGAAAUGGUUGUCUGCAGGAAAAAAAUGAAAUAAACUAGAUGUUUUUAAAAUGUA